AUUGAGAGUAAAUUCAAAUAAAGUGAAUCAGAUCUGAACUUUGCUCUGAGGCUUGAACCUGCAGCAGCUGCUGUGCAGGAGCACACGUCUCCGCUGCAAACUGAUCACAACAAAUCAAGCAAUCAAUCAAUCAAUCAAUAAUACGUGUGUGGAGCAGAUGAGCAGGAACAAUCUGUGCAAUCAAAUCCAAAAGUUGUUGUUUACUACGAAUCUUCAUCAAGCACAGAAAUGAUUGAAGGGAAGGAAAUCAACUUGGCUGCUUUGCUGAUGAUGUCAGCUGUGAAGAUGUCAGAGGGGAGCGUGCAGGUGGACAGCUGCAGAGUGCCGCUGUUCUACAGACAAAGUGAACCUGCCACCGGGGAAGCGAGGAUGUCAGUUUUACUCCUGCAUGGCAUCCGUUUCUCAUCAGAGAACUGGCUCAACAUCGGCACUCUGGAGACUCUGGCCAAAGCUGGCUGCCGUGCGGUCGCCAUCGACCUGCCAGGACUCGGCCAGUCUAAGUCAGCCGAGGCCCUGGCACCGCUGGGAGAACUGGCCCCUGCGAGUUUCCUGAAGGAGGUGUGUGAGCAGCUGAGCCUGGGCCCUGUGGUGGUGAUUAGCCCGUCCCUCAGUGGGAUGUACUCGCUCCCCUUCCUCCUGCAGCACCAGGCCCUGAUACGAGCCUACGUCCCUGUAGCUCCCAUCUGCACUGACAAAUUCACAGCAGAGCAGUACCAGAGUGUGAAGGUCCCAUCGCUCAUCGUCUACGGUGACCAGGAUGCUCAGCUCGGAGAGGUGUCGCUCCGCAACCUGAGCAAUCUGGCCAAUCACAGCGUGGUGGUGAUGAAAGGGGCGGGUCAUCCCUGUUACCUGGACGACCCGGACACGUGGCACAAAGUUCUCACAGACUUCCUCAACACGCUGUGAAGCUGUUCACUGAGAAAUGACUCAGAUGAGCGGGGAGGCGUCAGGGUUACGACAUUAGAAAUGACUCAUAAACACAGACGUCACCCUGUAUGACCUGAUUAUGACUCUCACUUUUUAACGAGGAGACUUUUAAAGGAAAAGUUCAACAUUUUGGUGGAUAUGUUAACUGAGCAAUGAUCAUCUGCCACAUUAAACACAGAUUUGUUUUUCUCACAGUCA